GAGAGCCGCUCGCUGGACAACGGGGCGGCGGGCCGGCGGAGGAACUACAACUCCCAGCGCGCCGCGAGAAGGAGCGGGCAGGGCGCCGCCUGAGGGCGGGGGGUACGAAAGGGAACCUGCCGCCGGUGCUCCCGGGGGUCGCCCCCUGAGGUUUAUUGUGAAACACUUGCAGUGUCAACGAGAAAUUAGCAGUCAGCCACAUAUUAUCAGCCUUCAGCGUUACCCGAGGAAGAUGCAGCGUUCUAGAGCAUGCCUCUGAAGGAGCUGAUCCUGGGUGUGGAACAGUCUCUGCGUGGCCCAGUUUGGAGCAGACUGAUAAGGCUCCUUGUUUCUUAGCAACCGCAGUCUGCCAUAGCCAGAAAUCUGCCCUUCUGCAGCUGGAGGGAAAACUCUGAAUGUCUCAAAUCUGUGUCUUGAACCAAGACCUCUGUCUUUCCGGGGCAUGGAGGUGCCAUAUGUCCUUCUCUUAACUAGACUUGUAGCAGAAGUUGCCAGCAAAUCUACUGAAAGUUCGGUUCCAGAAGCAGAAUGUUGUGUGGAUAUGUUGGAUUCAAACAGUUCCUGUCCAGUAACCAAUCAGUGCAGUCCAGGUUGUUACAGACGGUGGAACGAGGAUGGGAGUAGCAGCUGCAUUAAGUGCAAAAAUGAAUCUCUUCCUGUUGCAUCUGCUCACAAUCUGACUGAUUGCAGAAAUGCUGGUAUCAGAGGGAUGAAUUUCCAAAUGAAUAUAAGCACCGUAACUCCUUUCAUACAGAACAUAGGGGGCCCAGAAGUGGCAGCCUCUCUCAUCUUAGGGACGUUUUUCAUCAGUUUAUUCCUGAUUCUGUCUGUUGCUUCUUUCUUCUACCUCAAACGUGCCAAUAAACUUCCUAAUGUUUUCUACAGAAGAAACAAAGCAUCUGUUCUCCAGCCUAGUGAAACAGCAUCCAUGAUACCUCCCCCUGCUUCUUCAGUUCGGAAGCCACGAUAUGUCAGACGAGAGCGGUCGCUAGUGACGUCUGCAUCUGCUGCUAUCAUCUCUUCUUCUGAAACCAGGGUCAGCAAUGUGUAGCAUUCAUUCUUGACUGUGGACUCUAUAACUGCUCGCAGUGUCGAGAAGAAACCACUGAAUCUACUGAAGUGCCAGGAAAAUAUCGCAAGCAGCUGACCUAAACGGGAGCCAAAAUACUGUGUCGAAGGGUUUGUGCCAAAUGUUAACAGAGAAACGAACUAAUGCAAAGAUACCGAAGGCAGGAUACAUCCAGUUCUACGAACUGCUUUGGUGAUCUUGAAAUGCACUAUUCCAGCUCUGUGGUUUCAUUUGUCUCCCACAGAUGCUAUGUUUAAUCUUUAAAGAAUCUGUCUGUCUUUGGUACGCUUUCAGUUUUGGCAAGUUCUUCCUGUGUUGUGAUGUGUUCUGUGUCCCCAGAGCUGAGUGUCUCGGUGCUGCAGGCCAACACAAAAUACUGGGAGUAUUCAAGGAUAUGGAGUUGUUUGAAGGACCUACUUGUAACAGUUAACACUAAGUGCCACUGCUUUCAUGUUUUAGGACAAUAUAACAAUACUUAACAUGCAGGAUCCUUUUGAAGCAAAAACAAAAAAAAGCCUUCUGGAGCGUCAUCUUCAGCCUAUGACGUAGCUGACCCUGGUUUUUAACCGGGUUUUUAACCUGGUUUUUAACUGUGACUAUAGACCUGCUAUCCAGAUACUGUUGUCCUUGGUACUUCUGAAAGCUGUGGUUGAUAUGGGCCUGUCGCAGCAAAUUCUCACACUUUGGAGGCUUUUCGGAUGACUUCAGCUAAAAUAAAGCCUAAUAGGAUAAAGAAUCAUUUGCUACGGCUUUGUAAUUGAUAGGCUGCUGUGCCUGUCCUGCAAAGACAGUCUCCACUAAUUUACUUCCUUCAACACAGCAGUCGAAGGGAAACCAAAAUUCCUGCAGGGUAUCUGUGUAGCUAUUAGACACGUCACUGAGUAUCAAGAUGAACUGGAGAAGUCAGGUGAAUUUCUCCCGAUGCAAUAAGGGGUUUCUUUUGUCAAGCCCUACAUUAACAUGCCUGACAUCUGCAGGCCAGCACCUUAUGGCAGAGUCCUUGUUGAAAGUGCCAGCCUAAAUAGCCCCCGGCCUCAGGUGCUUGUUCUUGCCCAUCUUAUGCCAGCUGAGUAGUCAUUUGAUCAGGAAAUUGAAGUAGCUGUAAAAUAACUUUCUUGGCUAGGUUCUCCCACCAAAUUGGUUCCUGGCACGGUUGAAUCUGUUGCCAUGUGAACGCUUAUAUCAGCACAAUGGGCACAGUAGUAUGGGCAUGAGAGUGGGUGACUGGGGAAUGACUGAAAAACCUGAGGUUGCUAAAUUGGUUGAAGCAUCGCUGUUACCAUAUGGGAAAUGAUUUCUAAGCAGCUUGUGCAUUCCCACCUACCUGUGUUGCUGUUGCCUGUCUUGGUGUAGCAGGAGCUCUGUUAUGGGUCUGUACUCCUAAAAUAAAUUAUUUUGAAGCCUUUCAUCAUCAGCCACUGGCAUGAACAUAAUGGUCAGAAACUGGAACAGUCAGUUCUCUUCAGAAAAUGCGAACAGAACUGUCUUAAGCUGAUGUGAUACCCAUAUGGAGAGUGCAAACCUUGUGAUCCAGUUCCUUCUAUCUGAGGUUGAAAGCUUAUUCAAAGACAUAGGAACGGAACUGGGAUGGGCAGGGAUAUGUUUCGUACUAGAUAGAAAUUUGUACAAAAACGGGUCUGUGCAGUUGUAUGUACUUGCAUCUCUGCCUGUACAAGGUAACGAGAGCUCUUGUAGCAUCAAACAAGCUAGGGCAAAGACUGGGGAUAAAGAACAAACCAUGAAGAGGCACUCCACCCCCAAGGAAGCAAGGGGUGAACAAACAAAAUACCAACCAGCCCUGAAUUGCUGUAUGGAGAAACCGAAGAUCAUCUUUCUAUCACAAUGAUGUUAUCAAGCUUUUUGUUCUACUGGGCAAAACUAAAGACAGCAGACAAUGCCAUUUGAGACACUUGGCUUUCAAUACGAAAUGUGCUUAGAGUUCCUAUGUUCCCAGUUCAGGAAGUGGCAGUUUUGUCUCUGUAAUUUUGAUGUCUUUUUAUCUUCGUGCUGCUGAGAUUUUCCACAGGUAGAAAUUGUUUGGAGGUCAUAGGUUUUUCUUGAACUUAGUUGCUGAAUAUUUUCUUAACCUUUAAGGAAAAGGAGUAACUAUGCAAAUAAUAUAAUGCCAAGAAACUGCACCUUUUGAAAGCAGGGAGGUUCUGCUUGCAAAUCUGUCAAUGAUCGUGCAUCCUUGUAUUGCUUAGUUGCUAAUGUAUUCUUUCUCCACAUAAAUUAUUGAAGAAUCAUUCAUGUCAUUGUACUGUCUGAGCUCUAUCUUAUCAUCAAGUGCGUAUUGUAACUUAGUUUAAUGUCAAGUGUCUAAUGCUCUAACUUCUGUGUGGUCAAGUCUUUCCUUAAUGAUAGCAUCUCUUCCCCUUUUUGUAUUCCUUCCUCCAGCAACCUCCUUAAAUGCAGCAGAUACGCUUUACUGUUUUUUGUUUUUGUUUCAGGAACUUUUCAGAUUUUGUUCUUGCUGUCUGACACAGUGGACUUGUGAUCUAAACAGUUUUUUACUCAUUUGCACUGUCAGUUUAAAUAUAUGAUGUGUUUUGGUUUCCAUCUCCCUCCAAAAUAACAUAUAUAAAAUUGGCUUUAAUGAACCCUGAUAUUUAAUGUAUUUGUGUAUUUUUAAAUUGUGCCAAAAUAAACAUCUUUGAGC